UAAAGAGGUCAAGGUCGGCGCCAUCUUUCUCAACGUUUGCGGUGAAAAUAAUAAUGAAUAUCUGCUAAAUCCAGCAACAUCGGGGCGAAUGCAGACACUGUUUAUACCUCACAUUGUGCAAUCAAUGUCAAAGUAACAUAUGUUUGAAAUCUGAUAGCUGUUUCCUAUCUUACUGCAGCCAUGUUUCUCUACAAUUUAACACUGCAGCGAGCUACAGGUGUAACGCAUGCCAUCCAUGGUAAUUUCUCCGGGACAAAACAGCAAGAAAUUGUUGUGUCCAGGGGGAAGAUAUUGGAACUUAUCCGACCAGAUCCAAACACAGGCAAAGUGUACACAUUGCUGACAACUGAAGUGUUUGGUGUUAUUCGAUCAUUGAUGCCAUUCCGUCUCACAGGAGGCAGCAAAGAUUACAUCGUAGUUGGCUCUGAUUCUGGGAGAAUAGUUAUCUUGGAGUAUGUUCCCUCAAAGAACAUAUUUGACAAGGCUCACCAGGAAACCUUUGGUAAAAGUGGCUGUAGACGCAUAGUCCCAGGACAGUACCUAGCUGUAGAUCCUAAAGGACGUGCUGUUAUGGUAGCCUCAGUUGAGAAACAGAAACUUGUAUAUAUUCUAAACAGAGAUGCCCAAGCCAGGCUGACUAUAUCAUCGCCUCUAGAGGCACAUAAAUCGAACACUUUAGUGUAUCAUACUGUCGGUGUGGAUGUCGGCUUUGAGAAUCCAACAUUUGCCUGUUUGGAAAUUGAUUAUGAGGAGUCAGAUAUGGAUCCGACAGGAGAGGCAGCGCAGAAAACACAACAGAUGCUAACAUACUAUGAACUGGACUUAGGGCUGAACCAUGUAGUCCGGAAAUAUUCAGAACAGUUGGAGGAGCAUGCUAAUUUCCUUAUAUCUGUACCUGGUGGUUCUGAAGGUCCCAGUGGUGUACUGAUCUGCUCAGAGAAUUAUAUUACAUAUAAAAAUUUUGGUGACCAGCCUGAUAUCAGAUGUCCCAUCCCUAGGAGGAGGAAUGAUCUGGAUGACCCAGAGCGAGGGAUGAUAUUUGUAUGUGCAGCCACCCACAAAACCAAAAGUAUGUUCUUCUUCCUCGCCCAAACAGAACAAGGGGAUCUGUUCAAGAUCACACUGGAACAAGAUGAAGACAUGGUGACAGAAAUCAGACUGAAGUACUUUGAUACGGCCCCUACUGCAUCCGCUAUGUGUGUUCUCAAAACUGGUUUCCUCUUUGUAGCUUCAGAAUUCGGCAAUCAUAACCUGUAUCAGAUUGCUCACUUGGGAGAUGAUGACGAAGAGCCAGAGUUCAGUAGUGCCAUGCCUCUAGAGGAGGGCGACACAUUCUUCUUUGCCCCUAGACCCUUGAAGAACUUGGUUGUUGUGGAUGAAUUAGACAGUCUGUCACCCAUUAUGAACUGCCAGAUUGCAGAUCUGGCCAAUGAGGACACUCCCCAGAUGUACACCAUAUGUGGACGUGGUCCAAGGUCAACAUUGAGAGUACUUAGACAUGGACUGGAGGUAUCUGAGAUGGCUGUGUCAGAACUUCCUGGUAACCCCAAUGCUGUAUGGACUGUCAAGAAAAAUGUUGAUGAUGAGUUUGACGCCUACAUCAUAGUGUCCUUCGUGAAUGCCACCCUUGUACUGUCUAUUGGUGAAACCGUAGAGGAGGUCACAGACUCUGGGUUUCUGGGUACCACACCUACCUUGUCUUGUUCUCAACUGGGAGAUGAUGCCCUUGUGCAGAUCUAUCCAGAAGGUAUUCGUCACAUCAGAUCUGAUAAGCGUGUGAACGAAUGGAAGACUCCUGGCAAGAAGGCAAUUGUGAAAUGUGCCGUCAACUCCCGGCAGGUGGUCAUUGCUCUCACUGGAGGGGAGCUGGUCUACUUUGAGAUGGACCCUGCUGGUCAGUUGAACGAAUACACAGAAAGGAAAGAGAUGUCGGCAGAGGUGAUUUGUAUGGGUCUAGGACGUGUUCCUCAAUCUGAGCAACGAUCUCGUUUCUUGGCUGUUGGUCUGGGAGAUAACACAGUCAGAAUUAUAUCACUUGACCCAUCAGACUGUCUAUCACCACUUAGUAUGCAGGCUCUCCCGGCACUGCCAGAAUCUCUCUCUAUUGUUGAGAUGGGAGGUGUAGAGGCUUCAGAAGAUACUGUAGCCAGUAAAGCGGGUAUAUUCCUCAAUAUUGGACUUCAGAAUGGUGUACUUCUGCGUACAGGAUUGGAUAGUGUGACGGGAGAUCUGUCAGAUACACGCACACGAUAUCUAGGCUCCAGACCUGUGAAGCUGUUUACUAUAAACAUGCAGGGCAACGAAGCUGUUCUUGCCAUGUCUAGUCGGUCUUGGCUCAGUUAUACAUAUCAAAACAGAUUCCAUUUGACUCCUUUGUCGUAUGAGACUCUAGAGUAUGCAUCUGGUUUUGCCUCCGAACAGUGUCCAGAAGGUAUAGUCGCCAUCUCUACUAAUACAUUGAGAAUUUUGGCUCUUGAGAAGCUAGGUGCUGUGUUUAACCAAGUGUCCACCCCUCUACAGUACACACCCCGCAAGUUCGUCAUCCACCCGGAGACCAACAACCUGAUCAUGAUCGAGACUGACCAUAAUGCUUACACUGAAGAGACAAAACAGGAGCGAAAGCAGCAUAUGGCGGAAGAGAUGGUGGAGGCAGCUGGUGAGGAAGAACAAGAGCUAGCAGCAGAGAUGGCAGCAGCAUUCCUGAAUGAAAACCUCCCUGAGAAUGUAUUUGGUGCCCCUAAAGCUGGCCCUGGAAUGUGGGCGUCACUGAUUCGUAUCAUCAACCCAAUAAAUGGCACAACCCUGGAUCAGGUGGAACUAGAACAGGAUGAAGCUGCACACAGUAUUGCACUUGUAAAGUUUGCUGGGCGUCCCGAUGACACAUUUGUUAUCAUAGGCGUUGUCAAGGAGCUCGUCCUCAACCCGAGAUCGACCUCUGGUGGCUCCCUCUACACAUACCAACUUAAGGAAGAGGGCACAAAACUGGAGCUUCAGCAUAAGACUUUAGUUGAUGAACUUCCUGCAGCGUUGGCUUCAUUUCAAGGACGUUUACUCGUUGGUGUAGGGAAAUAUCUCAGAAUCUAUGAUCUCGGAAAGAAGAAAUUGUUGCGCAAAUGUGAAAACAAGCAUUUGCCUAACUUUAUUGUGAACAUUCAUACUAUGGGGAAUCGUAUCGUUGUAUCCGAUAUUCAAGAAAGUUUUCACUUUCUGCGAUACAAGCGCCAGGAAAACCAACUCGUGACAUUCGCAGAUGACACACACCCUCGUUGGAUUACCUGUGCCACCAUGUUGGAUUACGAUACAAUGGCUGGUGCAGAUAAAUUCGGCAAUAUUUUUGUGGUUCGUCUACCACCAGACACCUCUGAUGAUGUUGAUGAAGAUCCAACAGGAAACAAAGCACUCUGGGACAGAGGAAUGCUCAAUGGUGCUUCACAAAAGGCUGAUACAGUAAAUAGUUUCCAUAUAAGUGAAGUGGUCACAUCAUUACAGAAGGCGACACUAAUCCCAGGUGGUUCAGAGUCCCUUGUCUACACCACUCUAUCUGGGGGCAUUGGCAUGCUGGUCCCCUUCACAUCUCAUGAGGAUCAUGAUUUCUUUCAACAUGUAGAGAUGCACAUGAGGUCUGAACACAGUCCACUAUGUGGUAGAGACCACCUCUCAUACAGAUCAUACUUCUUCCCUAUAAAGAAUGUGAUAGAUGGAGACCUCUGUGAAAUGUUCAACUCUUUGGAACCUAGCAAACAAAAGGUGGUGAGCGAUGAACUAGACAGGACACCCAGUGAGGUAUCAAAGAAACUAGAGGAUAUAAGGACUAGAUACGCAUUCUAAAACAAACAGUAGAAUAUGAAAGGUGUACAGAGAUCAUCAAUCACAGGAUUUUUAAUAUCAUCAAUCAUGGACUUCGAUCAACAGAAGUUUGACUUCAUUCAAUAGGGGAACAUUGACUUCAAUCAAGAGGAAAAUUGAUACCAAUUAACUGGACAAUUGGCUUCACAUCACAUAUUCAGAAAUAACAAUUUGAGAAAUAUCCUAGAUCAUGUUUUAUUGCAAUAAGGAUAGGUAAAACAGAGUCAAGAUUAUGUGUUCAUAAGUGAGAAAUGACUGGUGAUAUUUACAAAUAAUCACAUUUAGAAGUGCUAAUGCUACAAAGACUUUGUAGCCUACUUUUAUUGAAAUAUAGGUCAUUUAUCUAGCCUUCAAUAGAACGUUUUGGCCAGUUGGAAAUUCAUCAAACUGAAUCCUUUUAAAGGUUGAUUCAGUCUGAUAUAAGAAACUCUAGAUAAUUGUUUUUGUUUGAUGCCAAGCAUUAAUUCUUUAUUCGAUAAAACAUAUUUUCAAUCUUCCUGAUGUCAUCACACACUGUACAGUGAAAAAUAGGUGAUUAUUGAAUGAUUACAUAAUUCCCCUGCCCCAGGACCAUACUGGUUGUGAAUGAGAUUAAUGUGUUCACACAAUAAUGCUGUGUACAUUGAUCUCUGAGCCCAGCGAGAUGAAUGUUCUGAUUGGUUGGCCAGGUUCGGGGGGUUAUUAGUUUUGUAACGUGUGAGAAGACCUGUAUUUCACUGGUUGUGUUUUUCAGGGCAAAAUUUGUUAAUUUCGCCAAUCAUUUUAUCAACCUUCAUAUGUCAAUGUAUAAAGAUCAUUAUUUGAAAAGUGCUAUUUUGAAAUAUUUCCUCAAGUUGAAGUAAAUUCCAAGAAUGUCUAUAGUCUGAAGAAUGUCACACAUUUAGUUUUUAAAUAUAUUUGUAUUUUUUGUAUUGUAAAAAUGUAAAUAGUUAUGAAAUAGAAUGAAAAAUUGAAAAAUA